ACCCAUGUACUUUUUUCUUGAAAGAACCCAAGAAACAACGUAACAGGAUCAAAAGAAUAUGUCGUUGUUUUAAAAUUACAAUCGAUUCUCCAUUAAUAUUAACUGGUAUUAGAAAUCAGAGAAUUCAUUUAUUCAUGUUUCGUCCACAUACAUACGUAUGUUGAUAUAUGUAAACGAUGAUAAAGCUAUAACGUUUUGUUGCAUAUAUUUUAAGUUUCAUAUUUUCGCAUAGUGAUUUAAGGUUUAACGAUAAAAUUACAAAACGAUAGCAGCUAUGGCUGACGAAAACUCAACAAACCAAACGGAAGAUCAAGAAUUAAACGAUUUGUUAGACAGUGCUUUGAAGGACUUCAACAAAGAACAAAUAUCAGAUAAAGAGGAUAUGUGUAAAACAGAUACUUUAGAAUCUACAACAGAUAAGAACACAACUGAUAUAUCGGAAGAUGCUUGGACUACAGAUUUUGUUAAACAAGCAGCAGAACAAUUUGUAGAAAGCCUACGAAAUUUCAUUCAAAAUGAAACAGAUAGCGAAUUAGGAGUUUCUCCUCAAAGGAUGGCACAGACAGUUGCUAGUGCGAUAAACAACGAAGAAACCUUUGAUAAAGAUAGUGUGAGUAGAGACUUUCAAACUGCCAUUGCACAAGCAUUAAACGACUUGUCUACGACGUCCGAAAACUUACAGAGCGAUGCUGAUUUAUCUGAAAUGUUUGGACUAGCAUCCUUGGAAGAUGGGCCAGGUGCCAUUCCACCAUUCAUGCAAGGAAUGCUACAGCAUUUAUUGUCAAAAGAAAUUUUGUAUCCGUCACUAAAAGAAUUAGUAGAUAAGUAUCCUGAAUGGUUAGAAGAGAAGAAGACAGUGAUAUCGUCGAGUGACCUUCAGAGGUUUAGAAAACAGCUUGAAUUAAUGCAGCAGGUAUGUAUGGAACUCGAUAAAGAGAAAGAUGAUGAUACGGAAGAAGUGAAAAAGAAACGUUUCGAAACGAUAAUAUCAUUUAUGCAAGAAGUGCAAGCUUGUGGUCAAUUACCUGAAGAAUUAAUAGGAGAACAGACAACGCCUUUUCAAACUGAUAAUGAGGGCGAUCCUGUGAUUCCAGCGUUACUACGCAGCAUGGAAACACCGCAGAAUUGUUGCUUAAUGUAAAUCCAUCCUAAUAAUUAUUCUUCGACCUCUGCGUUUAUAAUAAUACAAGAGGUUGUUGUUUAAAAUAAAAUAUCGAGGUAAAUAAUGAAUUGGGAUGUUCAAUCCAUGAAUCUUUUAGAUGUAUUGUAAUAUACAUAUAUAGCAUAUAAUAUACAUGUAUUACAAUAUACAUAUCUGCUAUAAGGGAUAUAUGGAAGACUAUUUAACAUAAUUUAUUAUUCUCGAUAAUGAUAUUUAUCAGUACAUCAUGUUUGUAAAUAGUAAUGUUCCUUGUAUGCGAGUAUAUACGUGCGUACGUAUGUACGUAUAUGUAUUGCUGCAAACAUUAGAUAUUUUUUGUAUACGCUUGAAAAUAAUAGAACACUAUUACAUUUGUAAAGAGCGAAACUUGAUUAUUUUCAGUGGAACUUUCAACAAUAGACAAAAUCCAUGAUAAUUGCA